AUGGAUAAAUUUGAAAUUAAUUCUUGUAUAAAAUGGAUUGAAGAAAAUAAUUUUAAUAUUAUUGCAUUACAAGUACCUGAUGAAGAUCUUGAUAAAGUACAAGAUUUAAUAGAUAUAUUAAGAUUAUCUAUUCAUAAUCGAGAUAUUGAAAUAUAUCUUGUUGGUGAUGGUUGUUCACCAUGUUGUAAUGAUUUAUUAAAUGCUCAAUAUUGUCAAGCACAAGGUUUAAUUCAUUUUGGACAUUCAUGUCUUUCAUCAUGUUUUGAUAAUACUCAACAAACAAUUUCUAUAUUCUAUGUUUUCUAUCAACAAUCAUUACCGGAAGAUGCAUCAAAUUUUCUCGUAACAAAUCAUGAUAAUAAUAAACCUUAUUAUCUUGUUUUCUAUGAUCCAUGUUAUCGUGAUGCUAUAGAACAAUAUUCAACAUCAUCAUCAUCAUCAUCUUCUUGUUUGAUUUUCUCAAAAAUAAAUUCACAAAAUUCUUCUGAUCCUUUAUAUUUUUCACUAUAUGGUCGUUCAAUACAAUUACCUGUUCCACUUGAUCCAUUGAAUUAUUCAAUUAUUUUCAUAUCUCAUUCAAAAGCUUCAUUACACAAUUUUGCUCUUUAUUUCUAUGCUUAUGAUUUUCGUUCAUUUCCAUCAGAUUCUUCUAUAUCAAGUAAAAGAUUAUUAAGUAAACGUAUGUAUGCAAUAGAAUGUGCACGAAAUGGUUCAUCCUAUGGUUUACUUAUAUCAUCAAAUUCUUUAUUAAAUUUACCAUCAACAAUUCAUACAUUACUUGAUCAUAUAAAAAAAUUAUUUGAUAAACAUAAUCGUCAAUAUUAUACAUUUCUCAUGAAUACAUUAUCAAUACCAAAAAUGAAUAAUUUUGAAAGAAAUAUUGAUGUUUAUGUUCUUUGUUCAUCAUGUACAGAAAGUUUAUGGCUUUCACCUGAAUAUAAACAAUUUAAUAUACCAUUAAUUAGUAUAAAUGAUAUAAUACAAGCAUUUGAAAAUGAUAAUAAUGAAAAUCUAUCAAUAAAUUAUUCAUUUGAUUUAAGACAAAUAUUAUCAAUAAUAAAAAUUAUUGAUGAAAAUGAAAUAAAUCAAAAUGAAGAAAAUAAUGUUUUAGUAGUUAAACAUCCAAAUGCUCUUUUAUUACAACAACAUGAUGGUUCAAAUCGAAAUUUUGAUCAAAGUCAAACUUGGUGGGGUUUACAAAUAACUAAUAAUAUUAAUGAAGAUAAAGAUUCUAAUAAAUCUAUAUCAGAACUUAAAGAAGGAAAAUCUGGUAUAGCUUCUGGUUAUACCAAUGAAACAUUUGAAUAA